ACGUCAAAUAAUCUUAUUAUUUUGUAGGUCUUUUGAAAAAGUUAAUCAUAUUAAAAAGUAUUAAAUAAUCAUGUUAACCGCUGCGAAAGUUCGUAUUCAUGGAAUGCAAGAUGAGAAUUGGGUGAUAAAAGACAAGAUCAAUCAAUAUAGGGGUCUUAUAAAAUUGUAUGAGCGGGACCGCAAGAUCCAUGAAGGAGACUUGGCCAAACAAAAGAAGAGAUAUUUACGCGAUAUUCGGCAACUUCGUAAAGAUAUCACCACGAAGCGCGAAGAGCUCGGUGUUGCAGUUUAUGGAGACAAGCAAUUUUUAAGAAACGCUUUUCAAGAACAUAAGAGAUUACAACUUACGUAUAUGAAUAGUCAGGCUGACAUAGUAUUAGAAAGUAUUCAUCAAGAGAAUUUUAAUAAACGUAAGCAACUCGACAGGAUUAGAUAUACAAAAAAGAAAAAAAUGGAAAAGUUUCGUUUAACACAGUUAGAGUCAGCUGAGUUGCGUGAUCGCCUUAUAUACGAAGUUGGUGGAAAGUUACCAGCAGAGAAGAAAGAGCAAACUGUCGCUAAUUAUGUACAGCGAGCAAAUAUUAAAAAGAAUGCCGCCUUAGCCAUCAAGGUCAUGUAUAAGAAGAUAUUGGAUAUAUUGAAAAAGGAUUCAUCAUACUUUACAGUAGUACUGGAAGCUUUGAAAUUGGACUGUCGAGCACAGGGUAAAUGCUUAAUGGGCGCUACUGAAAUGGGUCAGCUUGCAAUGGAAUACCUAGAUGACAGGAAAUUUGAAUUUAGUAAACUGGAGAAGGAGAUCAAGGCCAAUAUGAAGGAGAGGGAGAGAACUCUGAAGUUGGUGCGACGUGAAGUGGCUUACUUGACAGAUUCAUUUCCAAAUUUAAUAAGGAAAGAAGAAGCAACAAAUCUUGACGAUCUAUAUGAAGACGAAGAUGUUGGCAGUAAACACUCUGUUCACUGGGAACUAGAGGAGGUGAUGUCAAUUUGUAAGGGCCUUCAAAAGGCUACCUUGGUAUCUUCUUUUGAACAAAUUAUUCUUAGAUUAAAGGAACAACACUACCAGACAGAGCGGCUUAUGAUGCAACUAACAUUGAACAGUUCGAAGAGAAAUGCUUUGAUUGAAGAUCGCAAGCACGCUAUAAUGAUGCUAGACUCUUUAAAGAACGUUGGUCAAGAGAGAACCGCUCAAUACCUUCAAGAAAAAAAUCAGCUCAAAGAACAGAUAGAAGCAGAAGAUCGUGAAGAAAGGAAUCUAACAAAAUCUUUGGAUGAAAAAGGAAAACUCAUAAUCGAAAUGAAGACCUCUUUGCAACAAAUUAACGAAUUACUUUCUAGCGUUGGAGCACCAAACGCACCGAGGCCCUUCACCAACGUCCCACCUGCCAUCCAAUACGCACUCGAAGAAAUGGUACAACCUAUUCCAGAACUCGAGGCUGAUUUUGACAAGCUGAUAUUGACAGCGAGGCAAAAAUUGAUCAUGUUGAUUCAAGCGGUGGCAAAGAUGGAGGUAACUCCAGAAAUAAAGGACAAUGCUAAGUCUUUUUACCAUAACAUCCUAGCGAGGUUCAUGAAGGAUAAUUAUAAGGAUGAAGUUGUUACUGAAGGAGGAUUGAUCGAAUUUGAAAUGGAAGACCCGAAUGUGCCUGGUCAUGCUGUCAUAAAACUCAGGAGUAAACAACUGGUGGACGCGCAAGUCAGCGAAUUUGACGUGCCCGACGCGCCUACUAAGAAAUGAAUUAUUAUUGUGUUAUUCAAUACUAUUUCUAUUGUUUUACAAAUUCAAUACACUUUAUUA